GGGAAAUAACAAAAGAAAAAAAAAACAGCUGAAAAAUGAAAAUAACAUGUGUCAACAACAGUUUCUCUAAACUUUGAGAUUUGUUGUCACUGAAAAAUUUCAUCUUUGAUCAACUCAGAAUCAGAAUAAUUUCAUGGCUUCAUUGAAACUUCCAGAGAUUGUUCCUUCUCCUAACCAAGAUACUGAACGUCUUAGAAAUGCUUUCCAAGGAUUGGGAACAGAUGAAAAGGAACUAAUCUUGGUAUUAGGACAUAGAAAUGCUCAACAAAGGAAGGAAAUCAAAGAAACUUAUCAGAAACUUUACAAUGAAUCACUCAUCGAUCGUCUCCAAUCUGAACUUUCUGGUGAUUUUAGAAAUGCAAUUGUUCUCUGGACAUAUGAUCCACCAGAAAGGGAUGCAAAAUAUGCAAGGGAUGCAUUGAAGGCUAGAAGAAAAGGGAUCAAACAACUGCAGAUUCUGGUUGAAAUAGCAUGUGCCUCGACUCCGAAUCAUUUGAUGGCUGUGAGACAAGCUUACUGCUCUCUUUUUGAUUGCUCACUCGAGGAGGAUAUUAUAACCUCAGUUUCUCAGCCACUCACAAAAAUUUUGGUUGGUCUAGUAAGCUCUUACAGACAUAAUGAAGUGACAGUAAAUUUGGACGUUGCAAAAUCAGAAGCAGAAAAACUACAUGAAGCCAUCAACAAUAAGCAAUUAGAUGAUGAUCACAUUGUUUGGAUACUUAGCACAAGGAAUGUUUUCCAGCUCCGCGAAACUUUCGCAUCCUACAAGCAGCUCUAUGGCAAUACAUUUGAAGAGGACAUAAACAAUUGUGGUAAAGGUGAUUUGGCAUCUCUCUUAAAUGUUGUAGUAUGGUGCUUAGACUGCCCUGAGAAACAUUUUGCAAAGGUUGUAAGGGAUUCUAUUGUUGGGCUUGGAACUGAUGAAGAUUCUCUCAACAGAGCUAUCGUGACUCGAGCUGAAAUCGACCUGUUGAAAGUCAGAUUUGAAUACACUAACAUGUACAAAUCAAGUCUUGAUGAUGAUGUCAUUGGAGAUACCUCAGGAGACUACAUGGAAUUUUUGCUGACCUUGCUAGGGAAAGGACCAAAAGGAGACUAAUACAUCACAACAGGAAACACCUCUCAUGCUGUUAUGAGGUUCCUUGUUAUCUUCAUUUCAUGGUUUAAAUUUGUGUAGUACAUGAUAUCACUAUAUUUCAUAAGAAUCAGAAUUGGAAGUUGAAACUAUAUAUAUCUUUGUGUUUGUGUGUGUUAUUCUGAAUUGACUUUGUGUAUAUUAAUAAAUUGUGCCUUGAUGUGUUAUGUGAAAACUAAAAGAA